AUGAGUGGGCAUGAAAUUGCGGUCAAAAGGCUUUCAAAGAGUUCAUUACAAGGCUUUGAAGAAUUCAAGAAUGAGGUCAUAUUUACAGCUAAGUUACAACAUGUCAACUUAGUAAAGGUUCUGGGUUUUUGCCUAGAGAAGGAAGAGAAGAUGCUAAUAUAUGAAUUUAUGCCAAAUAAAAGUUUAGAUCAUUACUUAUUUGAUUCGAGAAGACGAUUGCUACUAAAUUGGGAAGUACGUGUUCAAAUAAUUGAAGGAAUCACUCAAGGAUUGUUGUACCUUCAAGAAUACUCAAGAAUGACCGUAAUUCAUAGAGAUAUCAAAGCAAGCAAUAUUUUGCUCGACAAUCAAAUGAAACCGAAGAUAUCGGAUUUUGGGAUGGCUAGAAUUUUCAAAGAAAAUGAGUUUGAGGCAUACGAGCUAUGGAGAGAAGAUAGAGGUAGAGAGUUCAUGGAUACAACAUUAGAUGAUACUACUUCGACGUAUAAACUGACAAAGUUCUUGCAAGUGGCUCUCUUGUGCGUUCAAGAAUGUGCGAGCGAUAGACCAUCUAUGCUUGAAAUUUCAUCUAUGCUUAGAAAUGAAACCGUUGCUAUCAAAACUCCAAAAACACUCGCUUUUUCCAUAAAAAGAGAUUAUGUGACCCCGGAAAGUUGUUUAUUGAAUCAAGGAACCCAAAUAUCAUCCAAUGAUUUUACCAUCACAGAGAUUGUUGCAAGAUGA